AUGAAGGCCAUCCAUGACAGAUGCCGGCCGAAACACCAGGUCUUGGUGCUCAAGUGCUAUCCAAGGAUUACAAAGGGCGCGGUUGAUGUCGUCCCCAAUAGCAGUGAGCUGAGCUAUCUCCUCUUCUAUGCCGCCAGCCGUCGCUCCAAGAUCCAAAAGAUUGGCGCGUUCCUCGAGAAGAAGACUGCCCACGAUAUCUGGCGCAUGCGAAUCGGAAAUGUUCAGGUGACGCUGGGUAUUCUGGCUGCCCUCGUCGAGAAGCCCCCCAAGGAAGCUGCUCUUAUCGCGCCGUGCGUUCUCAAAAUCCUCGACCUGAUUCUACGCUCCGACGAAAUCACCAUGGUCGAGUCAUCAUUGCCUACUUUCGAAGCCUUCUGCGAACACCACGACGCAUCUUCGCUGUUUGGUGACAAUGCUUACCUGCAACAAUACCAAUCCGUGGUCCAAUCUUACGCUCAACUGGCUUGGACUCGACGCGUACCACCCAAGGGUCCUGUCAGUAAACCGUUGCAGAUUCGCUGGCGGAACGCGGGCCUCGCGGCCAUCAUGCAUAUUGCUGGCUCGGAUGCCCUGUCUUCCAAAUCUGGUAGACAGAUCGAUGUCAUCGUGCCCAAGAUUCUCGACAACAUGUGGACUAGGGACGAUGUAUUCCUUGACACCUUGCUGCAGCGCGUGCAGAUGGGCGAGAAAUCCGAACCCGAGAGGCUGCAUCGCCGAACGAGUAUAGCCACUGUCCGAACUGCCGAAACCGCCGGCGACACAAACCCCCUCGCACUCUCCGGCACCGCGCUGGAUGUUGACAAUCUUGCCGAGGAGGAAACAGGAGUACUGGCCACGAAAUGCCUGAAGAGCAUCUUCAUCGUCCCUAACAGGGCCCAGAUCUACGGAGCCACCAAUGCAUUGCUCAAGUUUGUCUCCACGAGGAUUGCAGAAGGGGAGACUCCCGUCACCGUUGACAGAGGAUCUGGCCGCGACUCUGGUUGGGCUAUUCAGCUUUACGACAUCAUCUCCCGUUGGACACCCGUGCAGGAUCGAUACGUCAUUCUUCUCGCGACUCUUGACAUGUUGAAUAAAACGCCCAUGCGGGAGGAGAGCUUGCCGCAGCAUUUGGCCUUCACGGCCAUGAUGCAGUCCCUGCUUCGCUCAGAUGUCAACUUGAUUGGCCUCAGUGUCAUGGACGUCCUUCUUGGGCUCGUCAAACAGAUUAAAAAGCUGUUUCAGUUACACAAUGGAUCCGGUCAUGACAGUAGCCAGAGUGAAGAGAAGGCUGAGAUGGAGCUGGACAGUGCUACUCGCACCCAGCAAAACGAACUCCUCGAGAGGCUAGAGGAUUGCACAAGUGAUCUUGCCAAUCACGUUUACUAUGCCGACCAAGUCUCGGACAUGAUUGCGGCCCUGGUUGGCCGUAUCAAACACAGCCGAGCUGCAAGUGUGGCAUCCUUGGCGCAUCUCAUGGAAAAGGGAGAUGCUGGGGCUGAUGCCAACGCCGCUUCUGUCGUUGACCUGUCGGGAAGCCAGACCUUGCAAGAGACCUACUUUGCCCACUCAUCCGGUCGAUUGUCCGCGUUGAAGAUUAUCAAAGCUAUCCUACUCGUCGCUAGCCCUAAGACGGGCCUCAGUGGCAACAUGGAUCUGACCAGAAACCGAGUUCCCAUUCAAGUAUGGGAAGGGACGCAAUGGCUCCUCCGAGACCCGAAUGGAAACGUUCGCAAAGCAUACGUGGAUGCAUUGAGCGUCUGGCUAGAUCGCGAAAUUGCGUACACGGACUUGAUUGCUACCGAUGAUGUCAUUGUUUCGCAUCGCAACAGCAAGAUUGGCCGUGAUGUCCCAAGCGCUCGCAGGGCCGUCUCCAACACAUCAAACCGUGAGCGCCACCACAAGGUUCAUCGUUGUCAGUUCCUGCCUCUUCUUCACCUCGCAAUUUAUGACAGCGCAUUGCAGUUCGUGGAUUAUGACAACGAUAUUGUUCUCCUGCAUAGCUUGCUCACCAAGCUUGUCUUCAAGCUCGGAGUCAAUGCGACUCGAUGCGGUAUUCCCAUGGUGUACAGACUGCAGGAGGACAUCCAAGAGCUGGUACAGCCGAUUCACAAAGUGCGCAUCGCCUCGCUCUGUCACGGCUACUUUUGGGCCUUGACUGAGAAGUUUGAUUUUGAGUCGUCGGUGGUUGGUCGCGCAGUGUACAACGAAAUCUCCAGGCGGAAGAGCAAGGGGUUCUGGGUAGAGGGUGUACAUGUCCCGGCUCCUACACCCAGUCAGGUUGGCACUCCCGGAGAAGCAAGGCCGCACCCGAACUGGGACCUCAGUGCCCUAGAAACCGAAGAGAUCCUGCCAUUUGACGAUCGAUCCUCAAUGGUUGAGUGCAUCAUCACUAGCUACGAGGACACCGACUUGUCACCACCCACCAGCCCCACGGCCUCACCCAGCCGGAACCUCAACGGGCCUAUUCUUAGUUCUAACGCUGGAGCUGAAUCAUCUCCCGAGAAGUUUUCGGAGCUGCCACCCGAAUUUAGGGCGCAGAUGGUGGCUGACUGGUCCAGGGAUUCUGCUCUGGCCGCCAUCACUGCCGCUGGCAAGUCUGAAUCGCUUAAUGGAUCAAAGACUGGCACCACUGGUACGACGCAGAACCGUCUCACCAUCAAUACUGCUGGCGCCGCCCUCAAUGGCAAUGGCCACUUGCCCGCCCCUGCCUCCCCGCGCGGAAGCCAUCAGAACGUGCGGCCCCAUACCUCGUACACGCAUGGUGACCGCUUGACGUCCGUGUCCAAACUGCGAAAGUCAAGCGCUACCGGAGGAGUAUCACCGGCAGGCUCGACGUCGGGAAGAGCAGGCAUAGCAUCCGUAGAGCAGUUAAAGAUGGUAUUAGCAGGCAAGACAACCCCGCAGGCUGCUGGUAUUCCCGGCACGGAGGACGAUAGCGACGAGAGCAUGAUCAGCUGCGAGUACAGCGUGUCUGAGAACAGUUUUAACCCUGCUGCUUCGCAAGCAGAUGCUCCUGCCACAACAGGCGAGGCGCUUGCACGAUCACUCUCUGCCUCGGCGUCCCUUAAGGGGGGCCCGCUGUCAUCCAAUCCGGCCUCCCAAGACGGCGGGCUACCCGUGUUCCACAGACACGGGGAAGAUGACGACGAAGUGCCUCCAGUCCCACCAUUACCCAACCUGAGCUCGCUAUCAAGCAGGGUGGGCAUGCAAUCCAUUGAGUCUCCCUCGAGCAGGCGCACGCUUGCCAGCCGCGGAGGUGAAAGUCUACGAUCGCAUUCCAUGCGGGUUCGGGAGGAGAGCAGCAGUAAGGGCAUAGACUUGCAGGAACUUUUAAGGGGAAUAGAUAGCCGAUCAGGCGAAGGAAGCUUGGGCAAUCUUACGAAACCGCCGUAUUAG